UGUGAAGGGUGUGUCUUCUUGUUGUGUCGCUGUUCCGUAUGUUUAGCUUAUUCAGCCUGUUGCUGGCAGCCGCCGCAACUGUGUAUGUUUAGUCCGUGACUUGAAUUUCAGUAAUGGAUAUAAACACCGUUUUAUCGAAGGUUGGGAACAGCAGUGAUGGAGAAAUUGAACACGUAUUGCGCGAGUACAACAGGGAGAACAUUCAAACAUUCAGAUUUGAUCCUAAUGAAGAAGAAAAGAGAAAAAGCCUAUGCAAGAGACUUAUGAAAUACUUGGAAAUUGAUGUUCAGUCAUCCUGUAGAAGAGUGUGUCUGGAGACACUCCGAAUUCUUUCAAGGGAUAAAAAAGUUCUAGAGCCUGUGACCACCAAGCAAGGAAUGCUAGUUCUCAUCAGACUUGCCAGGCUUGAAGUUUUUGGAGAAUCUGUUCUGCCAAUUGAGGAGGUUGAAAUUGUGAUUGAAGCUUUGAAAUGUCUCUGCAAUAUUGUUUUCAAUAGUACAGCUGCACAGCAGAUAAGUGCUGAAAUGAAACUUGCAUCGGGACUUCAUGCACGUCUGAAUAUGUAUGUAGACCAGGACCUAAGUCAUGAAGUGGUUCUCUUUACAUUGCGUCUUAUUUUUCUACUUUCAGCACUGCGAAAUGAUGUUCGUGAUUGCUUAGAGCAAGAACUACAGUCAGUUGGCCUGCUCAUCCAAAUCCUUCAACGCAUACUUGAUAUAAAAUGGAUUGGGAAGUAUGCUGUUGGCUUUGAUACUAAAUGUGCAAUAUUACCACAUGACAAAAAUGAAUGCACUAUUGAGGCCUUGAAAGUUCUUUUCAACUUGACCCUGUCAAAUAAUCAAACGGAGGAUGAUGUCCACCAGUUUCGCCUCAUCACAGCCAUCAUGCGCCAUCUUUUGAUGAUAAAGGCACAGAACGAGGACAAAACAGAGGAAUUACACAGCAAUGCUAUUAAUUUACUAAGCAACAUUCCUGUCACCUGUCUGGAUGUGUUAAUUGAUUUUCCAACCUGUGAUCAAACGGAUGAGUAUCAUGAGAAGAAUAUGGAUGCUAUUCAUGUCUUGGUAAAUUUCAUGGAAAAAAGGAUUGAUAAGGGUGAAAAUUAUAGAGAAGGACUCACUCCAGUGUUUAGUCUCAUGACUGAAAUUUCAAGACAUUACAGAGAAAUCAGGAAAUACAUAAAAGCUCAGGUUUUACCACCAUUAAAAGAUGUGAAAAACCGUCCAGAAGUAGGAACGACCGUGCGGAAUAAGCUUGUUCGUCUUAUGACGCAUGUGGACACCGGAGUAAAACAGAGUGCUGCAGAAUUUUUGUUUGUGCUUUGCAAAGAAAGUGUGGAUAACUUGUUAAAAUACACUGGCUAUGGAAACGCAGCUGGGCUUCUAGCAGCUCGUGGACUACUAGCUGGAGGACGAGGAGAUGGGCAGUACUCUGAAGAUGAAGAUUCUGAUACAGAGGAGUACAAAUCUGCAAAACCCUUCAUUAAUCCCAUUACUGGACAUGUUGAAGAGCCAAUGCCAAAUCCUCUGGAGGAAAUGACAGAUGAACAGAAAGAAUAUGAAGCUCUGAAGCUGGUCCACAUGUUUGAUAAACUUUCAAGAGAGGAGAUUAUCAAGCCAAUGGGUGUGCGACGAGAUGGCACACUUGCCCCUUUGGGUGAAGCGGUGAGGCAGUGCGCACUUGAGUCUGACACCUCUGACUCUGAUUAAGAAGUUCCUCCUGGUGCAUCAUUUUCUGCAUAGUGUAACUUUUCUAAGCACCAUAUGCCUUUCAUUUAUGCCACUUGCUUAAUUCUGUCUUUGCCGGAGUUAAAACAUUCACAUCCGUGUAGAUGUAGUACAGAUAGCACUUAUUUUCUUGAGGUGAAAGUGGCUAAAGGAAAGCGCCAGCAAUUUUGACAUUUGUUUAUUUUUAAUCAUAAAGUGAAUGUCACAUUUUGCACUUUAGCAGAGAAAUGUAUUGCAGUAGGUAAACAUGUUUCAGUAAAACGUACUGUGAUUGUUUCAGGAUGAUAUUUGACAUUUACCUUUAAAACUGCGAUAAGAGGAAUUGAACUUGUGCAUUUCAGGAGUUAAAGACCAAAGGGCAGUUUAAGUCAGAGAAUGCUAAAGAAGUCAAAAAAAAAUCAAA